AUGAGCGACUUUAAGGGUAUAAUGAAGGGUGGGUGGCACCCCAAAGGCAAAGAUGGAGGAAAAGAAUCAUGGCGGGGUGACUUCAAAGGAGUCAACCAGGUGGCGGGAUGGAUGGGUAAGGGAAAGAAGCCUGGGGACAACGCUGCUUCGGAACAUGUAUCGCGACCGCUUGCCUCUCUAAAAGACCCCUCUUCUUUCGGUCCGCCUCCAAAGAACGUCAACUACCAUGGUGGUGCGGCGCUUCCCAACGAAAUUACCCCUCACCGCGGUGGCAUUGGAGCACCUCUCACUCCAGAGCAGAUCGCCAGCGCGAAUCGUGCGGUCCAGGGCUCUGCGGCAGAACCUGCGGCAGAGCCAGAAGUGAGAAGCGGCCCUCCACUGCCUUAUCGGGCAAAUACAACAGGGUUGUCCACGGACCAUCUACCCCCACCGCCGGUGCAUCGUGGUAUACUUCCUCCACCCAAUGUUUCUGCGGCCGAGCCGCCCAAGCUCAAGCCAGGUCUACCCCCAAGGCUUCCAGCAAGACAAAAUACUUCGGAGUCGAUGACCCCUCCACCUCCGUCAUACGAAGCGGUGACAGCCUCACCGCCUCAACCAGCGUCGAGCGUCCCCAGCCUAAAUCAAUCAGCAGUGAACCGUUUGGGCAAAGCCGGUGUCAGUGUUCCCAAUCUGGGGAUAAACAGAACAACGUCGGGAACGUCCAACGCGGAUAACCCAUGGGCAAACGAGCAAAGCAGUAGUCAAUCACCCGCUAGGGGGAACGGCCUCUCUGAACUACAGUCUAGGUUCUCGCGGAUGAACAGCACCGAAAGUGCAAAUCAAGCCCACUCACCGUCAGCUCAGGCAGCAUCACCGCCAUCGCUACAACAAACACAAUCUGCUGUAACUACCGCUCAAAACUUCCACCGUGAUCCGUCGUCAGUCUCCGUCAACGAUGCUAAGAAUGCCGCGAGUACCGCCAACUCAGCAGCUCGCUCUGCUUCGGCUUUUCGAGACAAACACGCCGGGUCGAUUGCUGCGGCUGAACAGCGUGGUCGGUCGUUCAACAACAAGUAUCAACUACAAUCUCGGUUCGAACGUUUCCUCGACAAGCAUGCGCCGCUAGACGGCGAAGAAGAAGAGAAACAACAGCAAAUACAAGCACAGUCACCAGCACCGCAGCAGCCUCCGCAACACUGGCAACAACAGCCACCGGCGACGAGUCCACCAGUGCAGAGUCCAAGGCCAGAGAUGACGGCAUCGAUAUCGAGAAAGCCGCCACCUCCUCCUCCGCCCAAGAAACCAGCUGGUAUGCAUGGCAACACAGUGGCGGCCCCACCACCACCAGUGCCUCUGGGGACAAAGCCGAGUUACUCGUGA